AUGCUAAUCCUCGCACAGAAUGAUAUGGAGACCGGCGCUUGUCCACGGCGCUCGCUUACGCUAGACGAGUUGCGGUGGCUGGAAGCAAGCGCCUGGUUUGAAGGGAGGGCAUCGCGACCAGCGUCGCCAGCGCCAUUCGACAGAGACAGCUCCCCUCCGCGGUGGUCUACCCUGUCUACUUCGGCCCCCGAGCGAUCGUCUGCCUUCCCCAGCCACUACGACCUGCCCCUCAAAUCCAAGUCGCCGAUGCAUCUUCGCUGUGUCUUGACACCACCCACGCCCUCGCCGACACCACCCCCGCCACCCUACUCCUCUCAUGCGGCAUCGAUCCCCCGUGCGGCGUCCAAACUCCGCCUUAAAGACGAUCCCCUCCCCCACGUACAGCCCACGGAGAUCAUACCACCUGAUGAGGGCCCGCGUCCCACUGAGUGGAUCAACAGGCGCCCACGACCCUCACGCUCGGGGUCCUCAGCCUUCAGCCAGCGUUCAACCAGCCAGCGGUCAGUCACUGGCCGUCCAGUCACGCGCUAUGCGGGGCCGAGCACGGCGUCUGUGAAUACAUACUCGACCGCGCGGCCGGAGAAGGAGAAGACGAAGGACGCGCCUUUCUGGAAGGUCUUCAUGCGCCCGCGGUCGCGCACGGUGCCCUCGGAGCCCCGCGCGCUGAAGACGCACCCGUCGCAGGCGCUAACGCCCUCCGUGGCGCACUCGCUUAGCACGCGCACGGCCUCGGGGCAGAGCCGCACGCCGUCCAUGUCCUCGCUCACGAGCUCCACGACCUCAGAUUCGUCUGCGCGGCCUGAGACGCCGUCGCCCCUUUUGCCGUCCAGCAAGUUCGAGCCGCACCAUCGUGGAGUGGCGGGCGGCGCGCCGCCGUGCCUGCACCACCGAACCGCGCGCACGUCGUCUGUGACGACAAAGGACAGCGCGGCUACAAAGGCGAGCGCGGCGUCUGCGUCGUCUUCCAUCCCCCCGCCCUCUGCGAUGUCGUCUUCCAAGUCUGUGAAGUUUGCUGCUGCACCAACGGUGCACUAUGCGAGCGCGGGAUACUGGGAGGUCGAGGCGCGGUUAUGUGCGAAGGAGGAAGAGAGCCUGGGCAUCGACCUAGAUAGCAUGGACUUCGACCUCGAGAGCGAACACGGCGCGCUCAUCGCGAGCUUGCGACCACCGCCGUCGCCCAAGAAGGAGAAGAAGGAGUCGAGCUUAGGAUUCGGAAGGAAGAAGAGCAACCGAAGCAGGAGCAGGAGCAAGGAGGGCGAGGAUCGCAGCCUACGACGCCUGGUUGGCCUCCGCCGCGCGGGGCCACCACCACGACCGUCGAUCUCGGGCCCGUACGCGCUGGGGACAGCUCCGGUACCUGUCCCGCGCGACCACGACGCGCCCGUCUCCUCCGCCUCCUCCUUCAUGUCGACCGGCUCGGGCUCCUCGUCCCUCCGGUCGAAAGCCUCCCUCCGCUCCCGCCUCUCCAGGCGCACCGGCCUCUCGUCGUCCCUUCCCCUCCGCCGCGCGCCCUCGAUGGACAGCGUGAAGAGCGGCGGGGCGCGGAGCCUCGGCAGUAUUGCGAGCACGACCGGGAGUGUCCGCGGCUGGCUGGGCCGGGUGGGCGUGCCGUGA